AUGUCCUCGUCUUCGUCUACCGGGUACAGCAACAACAAUGCCGCCCAUAUUAAACAAAAGAGCACACUGAGACAAAGAGAGGCGUCCUCUGUCAGCGUCAGCGACGAAGUGUCGAGCGUAGAUGAGAAGGACGCGGAAGAUUCCUCGAAGGAGAAGGCCUGUGCGCAAAACUCAUUGUUGCGCCUGGAAUCCAUUGUGAUGCCGGUAAUCUUUACCGCAUUGGCUCUGUUUACCAGAAUGUACAAGAUCGGCAUCAACAACCAUGUCGUUUGGGAUGAGGCGCAUUUUGGUAAAUUUGGGUCUUACUACUUGAGACAUGAGUUUUACCACGACGUUCAUCCUCCCCUGGGAAAAAUGCUUGUCGGUUUGUCUGGUUUUUUGGCAGGCUACAACGGUUCUUGGGACUUCCCAUCUGGGGAGAUCUACCCAGACUAUCUGGACUUCGUCAAGAUGAGGCUGUUCAACGCGUCGUUCUCUGCGCUUUGUGUCCCAUUGGCAUACUUUACCGCAAAGGCCAUUGGAUUUUCACUGCCCACCGUUUGGUUGAUGACCGUUCUGGUCUUAUUUGAAAACUCGUACAGCACUUUGGGUAGGUUCAUUCUUCUGGACUCAAUGCUGCUGUUCUUCACCGUGGCAUCGUUCUUUAGUUUCGUCAUGUUUCACAACCAAAGAUCCAAGCCCUUCUCCAGAAAAUGGUGGAAAUGGCUAUUGAUCACGGGUAUUUCUUUGGGUUGCACCAUUUCCGUCAAGAUGGUGGGUCUAUUUAUCAUCACUAUGGUCGGUAUCUAUACUGUGAUUGAUUUAUGGACCUUCCUGGCAGAUAAAUCCAUGUCGUGGAAAAGUUACAUCGGCCAUUGGUUGGCAAGAAUCUUCGGUCUUAUCAUCGUUCCUUUCUGUAUUUUCUUACUGUGUUUCAAGAUCCAUUUUGACCUGCUGUCGCACUCCGGCACAGGUGAUGCCAACAUGCCAUCCCUUUUCCAGGCAAGAUUAGUCGGGUCUGAUGUCGGACAAGGUCCUCGUGACAUUGCAUUGGGUUCAUCACUCGUCUCGAUCAAAAACCAGGCUCUUGGGGGUUCUUUAUUGCACUCACAUAUACAAACCUAUCCAGAAGGCUCCAACCAACAGCAAGUGACAUGCUACGGCUACAAAGAUGCCAACAAUGAAUGGUUCUUCAACAGAGAAAGAGGCUUACCAUCGUGGUCAGAAAAUGACACCGACAUUGAAUAUUUGAAAGCAGGCGCCCCUUACAGAUUGGUACACAAGAGCACCGGUAGAAAUUUGCACACUCACCCAGUCGCCGCUGCAGUAUCCAAGACACAAUGGGAAGUUUCUGGUUAUGGUGAUGAUUUUGUUGGCGACAACAAAGACAAUUGGGUUAUUGAAAUCAUGAACCAAAGAGGGGAUGAAGAUCCAGAGAAGCUUCAUACAUUGACCACUUCCUUCCGUAUAAAGAACAUGGAAAUGGACUGCUACUUGGCUCAAACCGGUAGCAGUUUGCCCGAAUGGGGGUUUAGACAACAAGAAGUUGUUUGUAUGAAGAAUCCAUUCAAGAGGGAUAAGAGAACAUGGUGGAACAUCGAAACUCACGAAAACGAAAAAUUGCCACCAAGGCCUGAAGACUUCCAAUACCCAAAGACUAAUUUCUUCAAGGAUUUCAUCCACUUAAACCUAGCCAUGAUGGCCACUAAUAACGCGUUGUUACCAGACCCAGACAAAUUCGAUUAUUUGGCUUCUUCAGCAUGGCAAUGGCCAUCUCUGAAUGUUGGUUUGAGACUUUGUGGCUGGGGGGAUGACAAUCCAAAGUACUUCUUAUUAGGUACCCCAGCCUCCACAUGGGCAUCCAGCGUUGCUGUCCUAGCAUUCAUGGCCAUCAUCGUCAUAUUGCUGAUCAGAUGGCAAAGACAAUACGUGGAUCUGACUAGCCCAUCUAACUGGAAUGUUUUCCUGAUGGGUGGGUUCUACCCGCUACUAGCCUGGGGCCUACAUUAUAUGCCAUUCGUCAUCAUGUCCAGGGUCACUUAUGUCCACCAUUACUUGCCUGCGUUAUAUUUUGCACUGAUUAUUUUGGCAUACUGUUUCGACGCAGGUUUGCAAAGAUGGUCCAGAUCUAAAUGUGGUCGUAUCAUGCGUUUUGUCUUGUACGCCGGAUUCAUGGCUCUUGUGAUUGGAUGCUUCUGGUACUUCUCCCCCAUCUCAUUCGGCAUGGAAGGCCCAAGCGAUAACUUCCGUUAUUUGAACUGGUUAUCCACUUGGGAUAUUGCUGACAGACAAGAAGCAUGA